UUUGAGGCGUAGUUAAAACCUCUCUUCCUGUCAUUGAAUUAGAAAUCUAUAAUUGCUCAAUGCAUAAACCUUGAGUUUAUUAUCUUGAGUUUGGAUUUUUAUUCAUUUCUCUCUUGAUAUUAAGACUUCAUUAUCACUAAUAUCAUGCAUUUAGAUUUCUCCAUACAGUUAUUAAGUACUUUAAUAUGACAUGUGAAAGAAUAUUUGUAUCAGGAUGGGGGGGGUGAGGUUAUAUCGCCACCAUACUGUUAUAAACAAUACAGUAAGUCUUCCAUCUUAUACUUUGUGAAUUUUCUAGGUAAAACUAUUUUUAAUUCAGUGGAAUUAACUUCCGCGUUGCUGUAAGUGUUAGUUGGCUCUGACUGAAGGUGAACUCGUCGGUCUGGUUCUUCUGCCCAACCCCGAGUCACAUGACUUGGUGGUUUUAUGAGGUUAAAGUCUGGAGCCAAGCCUUUUUAAACUGCCAGUGUUAACUUAAUAUGAAAUAAUGAUCUAUAAUUGCUCAAUACAUAAACCUUGUCGUCUGUUUCUAGGAAUGGCCUGUGCUAACACUUCCUGGUCUGAAGAGAACUUUUUGAGUCACAGUUCUCACAUGUUGCUGCUCCACGCGAUCCCCACCAUACUUUUAUUAACAAUACAGUAAAUCUUCCAUCUUAUAAUUGGUGAAUUUUCUAGGUUGAACAUAUUUCAAUGCCGCAAAGAAGAGAAAACAUCAACGCAUUGAAGUAGCCUACACAGACGUGAAUGCACCAAAGUCUGAGUGUGUUCAUGGGGGCGGAGCCAAGGGUUAAGGGAGGAGCCAUGUGUUAGGGGAGGAGAGGACGUCAUAUUGAGGAAACGAAACCAAAGCAACCCACGUCGAAGCUGUUCAACCGUUCAGGAGAAAAAUAAAACGCAUUUUGGAACAAAAAGUCUGACUGUAAGAACAAGAAUGGCCUGUGCUAAGACUUCCUGGUCUGAAGAGAACUUUUCAUGUUCCAUCUGUCUGGAUGUGUUCAACAGUCCAGUUACCACCACAUGUGGACACAACUUCUGCAGAACCUGUAUUACAAAGUUCUGGGAUGAACAAGUCCAGUACAAAUGUCCUAUUUGCAACGAGAUUUUCCAUACAAGACCUGAUUUACGGGUCAAUACCUUCUUAUCAGAGCUGGCUGCUCAGUUUAGAACAACCGUACGAGUAAAAGAGCAGCCUUGUGUUGAACCAGGAGAAGUUCCCUGUGACGUCUGUACUGGGACCCAGCUGAAGGCUGUGAAGUCCUGCCUAAUGUGUUUUACCUCUUACUGCCAAACCCACCUGGAGCCACAUCAGAGAGUCGCUCGCCUGAAGAAACAUCGGCUGGUCGAGCCUAUGGACUGUCUGGAAGACAGGAUGUGUAAGAAACACGAACGACUUCUGGAGCUCUUCUGCCAGACUGAACAGGUGUGUGUGUGUCUGUUGUGCACAGUGACAGACCACAAGUCCCAUCCUGUUGUACCUCUAAAGGAGGAAUAUGAAGUGAAGACGGCCCUGCUGGGGAAGACGGUGAGUGACGUUCCGCAGAAGAUCCAGGAGAGAAAACAAAAGAUUAAGGAGAUCAAAGACACAGUGGAACUGAGCAACAAAGACGCAGACAGAGAGAUAGCCCAAGGUGGGCAGGUCUUCACUGCUCUGAUAGGCUGUGUUGAAAAGGGCCGGGAUGAAUUCAACCAAACGGUGAAAGAGAAACUGAAAUCCACAGUGAAACGAGCUGAAGACCUCAUCAAAGAGCUGGAGCAGGAAAUAGAAGAUCUGACCAAUAGAAGCUCAGAGGUGAAGCGGCUCUCACACACUGAAGACCACCUCCACUUCCUCCAGACCUUCAGAUCCCUGAAGGAUCCUCCACCCACCAGGGACUGGACCACGGUGGAGGUCCGACCUCCGUCAUACGUAGGGACCUUGAGGAGAUCCCUGGAUCAGCUGGAGGAGACACUGAACAUGGAGAUGAAGAAGCUGCCUGGUGAUUCUGAACUGAAGAGGGUCCAGCAGUAUGAAGUAGAUGUGACUCUGGAUCCUGAUACAGCUCAUCCCAGUCUCAUCCUGUCUGAGGAUGGGAAACAAGUACAUGAUGGAGAUGAAGAGAAGGAACUCCCAGACAACCCUAAGAGAUUUACAUACAAUACAUUUGUUCUCACGAGGCAGAGCUUCUCCUCAGGGAGAUUUUACUUUGAGGUCCAGGUUAAAGACAAGACUGGAUGGGGGUUAGGAGUGGCCAGAGAGUCCAUCGGCAGAAAAGGUGGGACAGUGCGGACCCCUGAGACGGGUUACUGGACUCUUUACUACGACAAGGAUGGGUUGUUAUUUAAUGAUAGCCCUCCUGUCCGUCUCCCACUGAGAGCUGAGCUCCAGAAGGUGGGGGUGUUUGUUGAUUAUGAUGAGGGUCUGCUCUCCUUCUAUGAUGUGGAAGCCAGGGUUCAUAUCUACUCUGCUACUGGCUGCACCUUCACUGAGCCUCUCUAUCCACUCCUCAGUCCACAUUUACAUGAAGAAGGUAGAAACUCUGCCCCCCUGAUCAUCUCACCUGUCAAUCAAACAGACUAGGACCUUUGUUUGAUAAUAAAAUAAUCAAACGACCAAAACAACUAAUGUUGUUUCCUGAAUUAGAAUAUAAUUAGAAUCUCUGCUAUUUGAAAUCUCGGAUAUUAAUGUCAUACUGCUGUCAUUUAACGAGGAGAAUAGUUGUGUAAUAUUGUGUAAUAUAACCCUAUAUAAAGGGUUAUAUUACACUCCAUUUAUGUGUCUGUUUUCCCUUUAUUUCUUUUACAUGUUUAAAGAUAUAAUUUUUUUUGCAGUUACGUGGAAAAUGUUCAGAGGAUUUAUGUGUAUGAAUAAUAAUUUGAAAAUGUAAUAUAUAUUUAAAUAUUGAAUGACAAAACAAUCCAAUGCCUUACACUUGUGAUUUUAAUAAAAAGAAAAGUCAAAUAUUAUAAUGUGCGGCCUUCAUUAUCAUUGUAAUGGAUCAUUUCAGGGGAAUAGAUCGACUGUGUAGACGCACCCAUUCUGCCGGAGAUGGAGAAGAGCAAUACAUUUCUUUCUGCUUCCGAUACGUUUUUGCGGGAGCCAAUCACCAAGCUGGCUUCUCCCCUGUGUCUGGUUUAACACAAUGACGACAGGGAAGCGACGGCAAGCAGCCAAUCGCGUACAGUCAGUUGAACUAGGCCCGUUGAUCACGCCAUGUGCUGAAGAACGGCAACUGACAGCAACUUCUUAAGACCAACGUGCAAUCUACGAUUGAGCUUGAUCUGGCAAUAGCCAGGCUAGGGAAUAGAUACAUUCCAGUCCAAUAGUGUUCAGUAUAAAUGCUGUUUCUGUAAUAAAAGAAGUGUAAUACAAAAAAUAAAAAAAAUGUACUUCUAAAACCCUUAUUUUGAUGAUUUCGAGAU